AUGGCGCCCAAAAAAUCCCCAGAAGCCGACGAAGACGCGGCGUCAACCACGGAAGGCCGCUUCAGCGCGAUCUCACCUCUAACCCGACUUAGAAGCCUUCUCCCUGCAUUUCUCUCUGGAUCCCCGAGCCCCGAUUCUCGCACCCUUCCCACAACCUCUACAGAGCGCCGUCGUGCAUCCAGUGUCGGUGCCUCUCUCGAUCAGGAUGAAUUCCUUUCAGAAAAGGUCAUCGAGCAGCAGGAGGGCGGGACAGGUCUUACGGACACAGUCGCAAAGAAAGAAACAGUACUGUACCUCGCAUAUGGCUCUAAUCUUUCGUCCAAGACAUUCCGCGGCGUUCGAAACAUCAAGCCGCUCUCCCAGGUUCCAGUGCUCGUGCCAGAGCUCAAGUUGACGUUCGAUCUCCCCGGGAUCCCGUAUGCCGAGCCUUGCUUCGCCGGGACACAAUACCGGGAUCCGGAUGCUGCGGAGGAACAGAGUGUAGAGUCGACCGAUGAUGACUCGCUCAUGGAUGGAGAAUACAUGUCAGAGAAGGUGCCACUUAUGGUUGAGACGCGAGAAGUACGAAGCUCGGAUCUCCACAGGAACCGAUGGCACAAACCUCUAGUCGGCGUCGUCUACGAGGUGACUCUGGCCGACUAUGCGAUCAUCAUCGCUACUGAAGGAGGCGGCCGCGGGUACCGCGAUGUAGUGGUUGACUGCCAUGCUUUCUCGGAGUCCUACAAGCCAACCGACCCAGUGCCGAAUCACCCCGAUACUCCGCCCUUCAAAGCUCACACCCUCCUCUCACCCGCAGCGGAUGAAGCUCUAAAGAAGAUCCACGCAGUCAAAAGCGGCCAUUCGUCAGUGGCACAUUCUCCAUGCCCUACCACCUGGCUGCUGGCUGACAUUGGUCCGCACGUGCGUCCCGACGGUGAAUACGCGCAGCCCUCUGCGCGCUAUCUCAACCUGCUUAUCACCGGUGCCGCUGAGCAUGAGCUACCAGUAUCAUAUCAGGAAUAUCUCUCCCAGAUUCGACCAUAUCGAAUCACCACGAUGCGCCAGAAGUUCGGGAAGGGCAUCUUCAUUGCUGUGUGGGGCCCACCCAUUCUCUCCCUUCUGGCCUUAUCCAAGGUGUUCGCAGGCCCGGAUGGACGCAGUCCUCCAUGGUUGAUGACGCUGGGAAAUGUUUUAUUCGCCGUAAUGUGGAAUAGUUAUGAUUGUAUCUUCAAGCCGAUGUUUGGAGAUGGUGAGCGAACUUUGGAAGAUACCCCACCUCUGUAG